AUGACCAGUCAAACGACAUGGACUCUAGAAAAGCUGCUCACACAGAGCAAGCCCACCAUCGUGUGCAGAACUACGGCCGACAAACCCACUAAAAGCCCGAAAUGGCCAAGACUCGGCGAUAGAAUCAAGAGAUGGGAAACUUUCAACAUAGAAACACUGAAGGAGAAGUAUGGUGACUUGUUGAAGGCGUCACUUCCGGCGAACUUCACCAUCCCCCAAGCCAGCGAACAACUCUCCAACAUAUCCAUCAACCAGGAGGAUGAUAUCAACACAAUCAUUGGCUGGAACGUUGCCGUUCUCGAGCCUGCUCUAGAGCUCGGCCGGUCUAGGUUGGGGCUGGCCCCAGGCCUGCACCUGGAACAUGUCCAUGAGAACCCUCGGAUUCCGAAUGCGCAUGCACAAACAAAGGUCAAUCAUCUGAUUAACCUCAUCGGCUCCCCAUCUCGAAUACUCGUGGUAGGUCUUGGGACCACAAGCCUAAAGUUCCAAGGGGGAGCGCUUGCGAAAGCGAUCGAACAGAGCACGACGUCGGGGGCCUCGAAGCACCAAAACCCGGUGAUGCAGCUCGCGCACGCCUGCAGGCUAGCCAACACCCGCUACGGGUAUAUACAAACGAACAACGAAGUAGUAGCAUGCCGUUUCAGCUGUGCAGAGGGGGUGUGGGCAGCAGAGGUCAUGGAGAUACCCAUGGUCCUCUCCGGAAGCGGGGUGAUGACCACGGAGCUGGCCGUCUGGUGGAUGGCCAUGAUGGCCAUGCCACGCAGCGAAGACUCCGUCAUCUUGCUCCAAAAGGAGGCGCCACGGCGGGAUGAAUCGGUCUCUGCAGGAGACAAUGUGCCCAACAACGACCAACAGCCGAGUGUCGCCCAUCCAGAGGUCAACUUGAGCUGCUUCGGGGGCACCUACGAUCCAAACUCAGAGUUUGCAAACGGCAUGUAUCUUGGUGAUCCCUUGAACUCGCAGCAGGUGGAGUUUGAUGAGUCUCAAGGUGAUUCGUCUUACAAUCCUCAUCAAAGUGAGCAGUAA